AUGGUGGAAGCCCUUGCUGGCACAGCCGAUGCAGCUUCACGUUUGCGUAAGCUUGGCUACGACCCCGAAGCCCUGCUGCGUCAGUAUCGCGACCAGGGCUAUAUCAUUCUCGACGGUGUUCUCUCCUCCGACGCUUCCUCGCCGCUUCACGUCGACUCGCUUCGACAAUCCGCCGACGUGGCAACCCAGCUGACCCGCGAUGGAAGCUGGACUCAUCGCCGAGUGGUGGGCAACGCAUUCCCCCCCUUCACAAAGGACAACCGGGACAGCUGGGGCGUGCAGCACCUCAUGAAUCCACAGCUCGACACGCUCGCCUCCUCACACACAACUUCUUCGUUGUCAAAGCAAUUUCAGCAGUUCUACGGAAGCUCGCCGUUGAUCGAGAUUGCUUCCCUGCUGAUAGGUGCCGAGGCCAAUGAGAUGCAGAUGGAGCUAUUCAACCUGCUCAUCAACCCGGACUCGCACCGGUUUGCGCUAGGAUGGCAUCGAGACGAUGUUCGGCCGGACGUUUCGCAGGCCGAAGAGGAAGCGCGGCUGCAGACUCCGACCUACGGUGUACAGUUCAACACUGCGCUCUAUGACGACGACUGUCUAUUCAUUGUCCCGGCUACACACAGACGACUGCGCACAGCUGCAGAGAUCAGUGCCAACAAUGCCAAACCGCCCGCAGCUACCCAGAUCGGACCUUCGCAAUCCGAGUCCGAGCAGCAGCAAACCGACUUUGCACCCGAUGGCUCAUGGGUUGGUGUUGAUCCACCCAACACGUUGAGGGUCAAACUCAAGCCGGGGCAGACCGCCUUCUAUUCGCAAAGGAUCUUGCACCGUGCCAGCUACCUGCCGAGUGCAAAGCGGGCAACGCUGCACGGCUGCUUUGGUGAUGCUUCGCAGGGCGGCAACGGGCCAGCAGAGCGAGCGAGGAACGUACUCCAGCACGGAGUCGAGUGGAUGCGCGAUCCUGCUUUUGGCAAGUCGCUGCCAGAGACUUUGAAGCCUAUGUGGACCAAUCUGAUACGCAUGGACGCUAUGUACGCGGACAGAGAGCUCGGAUACUCGCUCGACAACGACUGA